CUCGUAUAAAUUAACUAACUCUAAUUAUCACAAAAAUGAAGCAAAAUUUUGAAAAAUGGCACUUCACCGGCUAACUUCCAAAUUCAUAAUCAAUGGAUCACACACAUUGCUCAACAAUGCAUGGUUUUGCAGAGGAUUUGUCUCUGCCACAGCGCCAUCUCACAAAGAGAAAAUUGAUAAAGAGACGUGCGAGAAGAUCAUAGAAACAGCGGAAACGGUGAAAGAUGGGUCGAAAGAUGUGGUUAAGGAAGUCAAGCGCGUCGGCGAAGCUAUCACCGAAAAGGUCACCAACGCUACCGGAAAUAUGGUGGCGGAUGCGGCCAAGAAGGGAUUUGAACGCGCGGCGGAGACAGCGGACACUAAAAAAAGCAAAGAUUUGUUAGACACAGGCAAAGUCGUCGCCGAAGCUUUAAAGGAAAAGGUCGAAAAAAAGGAUUAAUGAAUGAAAGGCCGAACAAUCCAUUUUUCGGAAAGGAAAUUUAUUAGGAAAAUACGCAAUCAAAUCGCAAAAUAGGGGGGGGGGGGAAUGGUGAGCAUUUUGAAUGAUGAAUAAUAAACCAUUUUAGACGUG